GAGGAAGUCACGCCGUCAAGCUGGCUUGCCCAACCGUUCAUUCAGCCCAGAGUGGUUCCGCGCUAAAGAGCUGCCUCAUCACAAUGCUGCUUGACGGGGUGCUGGGGCUCAGUGUGGCGCUGCUUCUCAUCCAGGUGGCAUCAGGUGAAAGUGUGACCCUGGAAAUGGAUCCAAUACAGAUGGCAUUUAUGGGAGAAAAAGCUAAAUUGGAAUGUGUGGCGUUUGUACCACCAAACUCAUCAGAGGGGGUUUUGAAGAUUCUUCACAAUGACAUGAUUCUGAAAUCAAAAAGCAUUAAGAGCACUGACACAGUCUCUGUGGAUUUCGAUGCCAACAAAGACAUGGGAGGCUACUAUGAGUGCGCCUACCGGAACCCUGACACAAAUGUCAAGAACAUCUUCAGCUACUUAAUUGUUCAAGAGAAAGAUUAUGAGGAGCCAGAAUCCUUCAAGACGGCUUUUGUCCUUCUGCUGCUGGUCUCUUUUGUCCUUCUUAUCUUCAAUAUCACGGGGACUUUGCUGCUGUUCUGCAAAGCAAAGAUUUGUGCUCAGAAGAAGAGAGCCUCCCAAACAGCCAAGACUGAAAUAAAACCACCAGAGAAUGCUUCUGGUUCAAUUUACAAGAGUCUUGAAGCGUGCAGCCCAUCUAUUUAUAACGUAAUAGAGCUCGAACCUGAGGAAGCCAGAAGAGGAAAGCCAUCUGAGCUGAACAGAGACAAAGACAAGAAGCCACACAUUGAUGAAACAUUGGACCUCGUUUAUGAAAAUCUUUAAUGUCCUCUCGAGCUCUAUAACAUACACAAGGUAUUUUUCCAGCCAAUUAUGAAAUGAAAUGGCGCAGACAUUUUGCUGAAAAUAAAGGACUUUCUGCUUUAUGUAGUUUGCAUUAACUUCUCAUGGAAGCACAUGUAAAUUAAACAAAUUACUUAUAGCUUCUAUUCCUUUGUAUUGCUAAAUAAAUACACAGAAUUGCCUUGAAUCUAAUUUAUUUUCUUGUCACAUUUGCUGCAUAUUAUGUGAGGUAAGAAUAUUUAAGUGAAUGUGUAGAAAGUGAUCUCCACCAAAACCUCCACC